GUCUAGCUUUUAAUCCUUUUUUAUUCAGUUGAAAAAAAAUUAUGCGAGGAUUGAAUGGUUGGAACUGUGGAAGGACUGAAGGACAGCCUGAAUCAUUAUCAGUGGUGAUUAGUGAGUGAGGAUCUGCGAGUUGUCGACGAGUUACCGAGUUAGGUUUUGAAAACUCGCUCAUCCAUGGCUCGGAGCUUGUCUCGUUCGCGUUCACCUUCCCACAGAAGAAGAUACUCUCGUUCCCCUGUUUCUCACCGUCAUGCUCACUCUCACUCUCGAAGGGAUCGAACAUCCUCAAGGCGAAGAAGCCGAUCCCCUAGCCACAGGCGCCGCAGAAGCAGAACGCGGUCACCGUCUUCGCCGAGGCGCCGCAGAAGGCACAGAAGCAGAAGCACUUCCUCGCCCUCUCCUCCUCCUCCUAAAUCGCGCAGUCCCAGUGUCGUUGCGAACCAUCACAAGCUCAAAAAAGACGAAGAAGAAAAGAGAAGCAGGCGUCAACACGAGGAGGAAUUGAAAAAAUUGGAAGAAGAGACCGCAAGAAGAAUCGAAGAAGCAAUUCGAAAAAAUGUUGAGGAGAAGCUUGAUUCAGAGGAAGUUAGAUUGGAAAUAGAAAGGCGCAUAGCAGAGGGUGUGAAGAAAUUGUUUGAUGAUGUUGAAGUUCAACUUGAAAAGGAAAAGCAAGAUGCUCUUAAUGAGGCUCGAAGGAAAGAAGAACAAGCUAGAAAAGAGAGGGAAGAGCUGGAUAAGAUGCUUGAAGAGAAUAGGAGGAGGGUGGAAGAGGCUCAGAGAAGAGAAGCCCUAGAGCUGCAACGAAAGGAUGAGGAACGGCAGAGAGAAUUAGAGAUGAUCCAGAGACAGAAAGAGGAGGCUGCUCGGAGAAAGAAGCUGGAGGAGGAAGAAGAACAUGCCAAUCGAAUGAAUUCGUUAGGCCAGUACUGCUUCACAAUGAAAGGUCAACAAUUGGCUUUGAAUAAUAGAAAAUCAAAACCUAGUUGCGCUGUUAGAAGCCUUGUUAUCUAAACUUAUUAAGAGUGCAAGUAAUUUUUAUGGUGAAUUUCUUGGGAGGACAAUUAUAUGCAACCUGUGCAUGUAGCGUAUUUGAAUUAGGGUUGUGAUAUUUGUUAUCUAGAAAGGUCAGACAUAUAAGUGCACCAGCUUAGAAAGUUUUCCAUGUUUGCAGUACUUAUUUUCUAAAAUAAUAAAUAGUUUGUUUGACACA